AUGGGGGUGAUAUCCAGCAGCACAAGAAUGAUGGGCUGGUCUUUACCAAAGACAGAUCCAUUUCCAAUACUGCGGUCUCCAGGACUGACGGCCUCCAAGGCAGCCCCGUCCAUCCCCAAGGAGAACUUCAGUUGCCUGACUCGCUUGGACCACAACCGAGCAAAAUCUCAGAUUGCUCUUAAACUCGGGGUAACUGCUGAUGAUGUAAAGAAUGUCAUUAUCUGGGGAAAUCACUCAUCAACUCAGUAUCCAGAUGUCAAUCAUGCUAAGGUGAAGUUGCAAGGAAAGGAAGUUGGUGUGUAUGAAGCCCUGAAAGAUGACAGCUGGCUCAAGGGAGAGUUCAUCACGACUGUGCAACAGCGUGGUGCUGCUGUCAUCAAGGCUCGGAAACUGUCCAGUGCAAUGUCUGCCGCAAAAGCCAUCUCUGACCACAUCAGAGACAUCUGGUUUGGAACCCCAGAGGGAGAGUUCGUGUCAAUGGGCGUUAUCUCUGAUGGCAACUCCUAUGGUGUUCCUGAUGACCUCCUCUACUCGUUCCCUGUCGUGAUCAAGAAUAAGUCCUGGAAGUUUGUUGAAGGCCUCCCUAUUAAUGAUUUCUCCCGUGAGAAGAUGGACCUUACUGCAAAGGAACUGGCCGAAGAAAAAGAAACUGCUUUUGAAUUUCUCGCCUCUGCAUGACUAGACAAUCAUGUUGAUGUCAAUAAAUACCCCAAAGCUGAGGAAUCAAAAUGUCGUCUUUGAGCCUAGUACCAAACAGUAAUAAUGCUAUACUCAAAUUGUGAACAGCAACAUUUUAAAUAGUAUGUUUAAAUAGCUUCAUGGUUCAGAUCUGUGAAAGUCUAUCAUGCUGUUACUGUUGAUCUAAAUAAAAGUGUAUUCAAGUGAAAAAAAA